CCUCGUUUUGUCGAGAGGGGUGCAACGGGAAGUGUCACUGUGCAGCUCUGUGCUGUCCUCGCCUCUGCUCCCUUUACGCCCGUUAUGCCUUUCUCUUUCAGCUUUACUCUCACCGUUCCCGGCCUCACCAACCCCUUUUCCAACCCUCCAGAUCCUGAAUAUGCAUCGCCUCAGCCAAUAUUGACCAACCUUGACGCCGGAAGUGACAAACAGGGACUCUAUAGAGAUACAGCUCCUUUCAAUCGCCGUGCACCUUCCCCAUCUCUUCAGCCCCCACUUUCCCGCAAGAGAGGAUGGGUGCCCUCGGCUCCUGAGUACAGCACCCCUAUCGCCAGUCCGACGUCUACCAGUGGUUAUCUCGACACGCCUGCAAAGUAUAGGGAGAUGGCAUCCGCCUACAAUGAAGACGGGGUGGAGGAAAUGGUCGCAGACUUGCCUCCGCCCAAGCGCCGGCGUACGCUUGCUGGUUCUAUCGUCUCAACUGCGUUGAGUGCAGCCCUCAUCGGGACUGCUGUAGGCCUUACAGUGUAUCGCCUUUGGAGAGAUCGGGGCAAGGCACCCGAAUCCCUUCCUCCUCCCCCAUACGAACAAGGUGAAUGGCUACCACCAAAGCCCGAUCCGUCCUCUGCUUCCGUUCCGGUCACUCAGGUCACCCCACCUACACCCCGUUCCUCCCGGAAGAGUCGCCAUGUUGCUGGACGACGGACACACCGGCAUCGCAAAGUUGCCCCUAGAGCAGGUCCCAGCUCUAUCUCUUCACAUACUUCGACCGCUGCGCGUGCGCCCAUUCCCCCGGAAUUCAACUUUGGCGCACCAGCACCCGUUGAGCCUGAAGAGGGUGACGUGGAUGAUCAGAUGUCGUGGAUGGGAGGCCGACUUGCCGCCCUCAUUGCUGAAGGUCAACGUGCGCUUGGCAAAGAAGUCGUCGUCAUGAGCGAAGCACAGGAGGACGAAGAAGAUGACGGCAACGAAGGAUGGGUGGAAGAAGAUGAUGGUCACAGUGUCGUCUCCUCCACGCGGACAAGCAGACGCAGAUGGCGUGCCAGUCCCCCUCCCUACUCAGCAUCCCGCCGUGGCUCUCCCUUCCCCAGCCCCUCACCUCGACGCACCACGUUCGACCUCGCUCCCUCGUAUAACGGCUCCCCAAGCAUGUCCAUUCAGAGCUCGCCGCGCCGUCAUGGCCGCGACGUAUCAGUAGAGCCGGACACCUCCUUCGCCAGCUCCAGUUUCGUUGAAGACGAGUCGCAAUGGCAAACCCGUGAGCUCAGGGAAGCCAUGGAGCGCGCGCGUCAGCGUCACAGGCACGACCACGUAUGAUAUCUACCGGCUGCUUCAGGGUUGCAGCCCCGCACGACUAGAAAUGACCGAAACGCUAUACUUAAACGUUCUGUAUUGUUGUACCUAACACGUUGCACUUUUGCAUCUCUAUUUUGCAUUGUUUUUAUCACUGUAGCACCUCACAUAGCAUUCUCAUUCCACCCCGAACAUAUUGGGCCUUUGUCGUUUCAAGUGUCACUUCAACGUCAUUGUUACUACGUGUACCACCUGUUCUGCAAAGCUUGAAUAGAAUUGAAUCUUUCGGACGA